CAGUGCCUUUCCUCUCCCCUCCCGGAGCAGGAGCCGAAGGAACAGCUGCCUAUUCCCGGGACGAGCCAGCGCAGCGCUUGCGCGCCCCGAGCCCGGCGGGGAAGGAGGCGAGCGGGGCGCCCACACGCCAGCACGAGGGAUUACAGCGGAUUUUCCUUCCAAAACAGAGAGACACACAAAGCGGGGAGGCUGUCCUCGGGCUCCGUCGUCGCAGCGCUGCAGGAGCCGGCUCAGCCCGGUAUUGCUAUGUGGAUAUUUGUUAGCAAUGACUGAUGUGGAAUCUACAUAUGCAGACUUUAUUGCUUCAGGAAGAACAGGUAGAAGAAAUGCAUUACAUGACAUACUUGUGUCCUCUCCUGGUGGGAACUCCAGUGAACUAGCCUUAAAGUUAUCAGAGCUUGAUAUAAACAAAGCAGAAGGAGAAGGAGAUGCACAACGCAAUCCAAGUGAACAAACUGGGGAGGCCCAAGGGGAGGCAGCAAAGCAAGAAAGCUGACAUCCAACUUUGACCGACUGGAGCAGCUGCUGGAUGUUUUCAGACUACAAGAGCAUGCUGGAACAAAUUUGUUUCCAUGAGCAAGCUGUUGGAAAAGAAAGUGCAUGUGUCUUCACUGCUGGAACCCACUCAACACAAUGCUAGAAAUGGGGGUACAAGCUGUGGCAGAAGACAGAAUUUUCUCUACCUCUGUCAUUAGCAAUGGUUGAACAUGUUUUGAUGUCUUGGGAUAGUGUCAUCCCUUCAUAAUGACUACUUGAUGGGAACACUUAGAAAGUAGAACAGGUAAAUCUUGUAGCAAAUGGCCUUUGAAACAUCAGAGGAUCUAAUUGUGUAUCUUAAGCAAAGGCUUGUGUGAUCCUCAGUUUAAAAAUUCUCUGGCCAAAGUGUUCACCCAUUAAAAGAACUGUAAAGAAAGCACUGUUUUUAGAACUUUGCAUCUGUUUUACAGCUCUGUUAUUUACAAUGGUUUUUGUAUUGUACGACUUAGAUGCUCCACACUGCCCUUCUCAACUGCUUAUGAAGAAUAUUUCUGUUACUGUGAAUUUUUCUACCACGCGUUUUGAAAGGGCUGGUUUUUUGCAUAAUGUGGUGAUGUGCACAUGAUAGAUUUAAAACGUCAACCGCUAAAUUGAUUAUGCCUAAACCUAAAUGACUCAGCAACACCCUAAUUUGUUACUAGAGGAGCCUUCAAAACGAUUUGUUAAUGUGAAUACUUCAGCGUGUUUUGUGUCCUUGGUACAGUUUUGCCACUUGCCUGUAGUUAGUUGCAUAUCAGAGACUCAAAUUGAAUCUUUUACGUUAUUCUUCCCUAUUUUUCUAAUUUUGCUCUGAAUUUCUUAAUCUUUCUCUGAGAUAUUUUUUUAAAAUGUUAGUCUAAGUAUUUUAUUGUUAUGGUAGUUAUAAGAAUACAUUUAUAAACUUACAUGGGUUGAAAUUCAAAUAAAUUCCGUGGUGCUAGAGAUUUUCCUGGUUCACAAUGGUAAAGACGGGCCAUCUUUACACAUGGGAAAAUAACUGGCAUAGGUAGCUGCCUAUUAUAUAUUGUGGAAUGAGUUUUACAUUGCAGGAUAGUCCAACUAGUGGAUCAUGGCCUGGAUCCAGCCAGGGGGACUAUUUUUUCUAUUCCUUGCCUUUGCCUCAGUUGAUCAGGCUGGUGAUCACAGCCAGUGGCUUGUUACUGAUGCACCAGGUACAGCCAAGUGCUAGAAACUGCUACAGCAGCCUUUUGGGUAGAAGGUUGUCAUAGAAGAUAGACACUUGGCAUCUAGCACCCAGAAGACUGGAUUUUUCCCAUUUGAGCUAUUCCAAAAUAACAGUCCAAACUAGACUUUACUGAAAUACCGGGAUAGCUUGUCCAUCUUAAAAUACCUACAGAUUAAUACGUUAUUCUGCAAUAGCUAUGCUGAUUGAUUUUCUUCCCCUCGUCCUGCUCCAAUAGACAAGGCCAUACAUGAGGUUGAAUACUGCAAAAUGGGGCAGCCACACACCUAUGUGUGACUAAGGUGAGUAGAGAAAGUGACUGACUAGUAAACCAUGGCAAUCUCAGAAGCACCAAUCACAAAGUCAGAAGAUUUGUUUUCUUUUAUUAACAGGAGGUGAUGUCACUUUCUUUAUAUAUAGUAUAUAUAUUAUAUAUAUUUUUGUGUUGUUGUUGGUUUCAAAUGUUAUGCACUUUUUAAUGUUUGUAAACUUUUACUAAUGAAUAGUGUGAUUGCUUCCUGAAUAUAUUAAUCAUCAGUUAACAAAAGAUCUUCGUGGCCACAGCUGUUUGUUUCUACCGUAUGUAUCAUAGUACUUGUCACCUGAAAUUCUUUUGUGAGAUGUGUGGAUUAAAAAAAAAACCCACUUCUGAUCAGUAUUAUGAGCUCAUUUAUUAGUGUUAAUAAAAAACAAGCCAGCACUAUGCUCGUGGCUCAUUAGUGUAAUAUUAACUCUCACCUUUUAUUGUUUGGAAGCUGAAUGCCUUGCUGUCUCAUUAGUUGUCAAAUGCCCUAUCUUCUUGGUAACAGUAAUAGUCCAUUUGCUUUGAAAACACUGUUACCAUUAAACUAAUUAUUUAUUAAUUUGUUUCACUUUGUGUUCUUUUCAAAGUUAGCACAUUAUUAUUGAUAUUUUUUUUUAAUUAUUUUCCUCCCCCUUGCUCUUGCAUCAAGUCUUCAAGCUGAACUUGUUGCUCCUUUGUCAUGGACUAGUUCCUGUCAAUCUAGCACAAACACCAGAAGGAAAUAAGAUUCUAGAACUUUUUGUAGUGUUAGUUUAUUGAUAAUCCAUGAAGCAUCAUCAAUAAAAAGGCAAUAGUGGAAUAAGUAAUUACAGUAUAUUAAAGUGUUGGUUUUCCUUAUUUUCCUUCUGUACUUUUCUUUAUUUCAGUACACUUUCCUCCUUCCUAAUUCUUCUGUGUUGUGAAAUAAAAUUUCAGCCUUUACUUUCUAUUUUGUACCUGUUUCUUCUAUUCUCCUUUUAUUUUCUUUUGGUUUUAAAGCAGUUAUGGAGGCCUUUGGUGGUUUUUGAAAUACAUCUCUUUGUCAUGGAAAAUAGUGCUGUUAAUUUUACUAAAGGCUGUUUAUGUUCCUCAUCCCCUAGAAGUGUAUGAGUGCUUGCUUUAUCACUUGGAACUCUGCUUUCUCUCUUUAUUUGGUGUACUUCUGUAGCAUCUAUAAGCAGGCCUCACUUUAUGUAAACAUGUGGUUAGUCUCUGCCAAAUCACAGUGUUGUAUCUUGACUACUGUUAUUACCCAAGCAAUUGCAAAAGAGCUGUUCUAGCCUCACCUUUACCUCUGUGUAAUUGCAUCAUAUAACAGUGAACGGCAGAAUCAGACCAACAGGAUUGUUUUUUUCAUUUUGCUAGUUGUCUUUUUAAGUAAGCCUGCUGCUCUACCUUCUGUUCUGUGUCGUCUUUAUAUUUCAUUGUUCUCAUCAUAGGUAAAAUAUAUAAAUGUUUGUUUAAUCCAGGAUUAUCUAAGAAAGUUCUAUUCAAAAGCUAUAUAAAUUAAAUAAAGUUAGGUCUAGACUGUCGGCUUAAUAGAAUACUCCUUAAAGGUUUGGCUUCGGUGGGGGUUUUGUGGUGAUGGUG